AUGGCUACUGAUAUUGCUGCUUCUGGAAGUACUCAAGGAUACCAAUUCGAUACAACAAACUUAUACGCCCCAGAUGCAGUCUUUGUCGAUAGAGUCCGUCGUUUCCAAGAGUUUUUAGACACCUUUUCAGACUACAAGGAGUCAAUUAGAAAUAUUCAACUUUAUAACUCUGCUAAAGAUCAAAUUGACCCAAAUGAUGACGUAGAUAAUUUCCUAGAUGAAGAUGAUGAUAUCGAUAAAGCAAAAAAAGCUUCUUCUUCUUCCAAAUCAAACAUCUUACCGCAAAGAGUCACAAUUUCCCUCGAUGAUUUGAGAGAAUUCGAUAGAUCAUUUUGGACAGGUAUCCUAACGGAACCUGCAUAUUUCAUCCCACCAGCAGAAAAAGCUCUAACAGAUGCAGCACAUUCCAUGGAGGAACUAUCCACACAUAAUAACAGCAAUGCCACAGCAUCUUCGAAAAGCCAAUGGCACCUAUCUUUUAAGGGCUCCUUCGGUUCUCAUGCAUUAUCUCCAAGAACCUUAAACGCUCAAUUCUUGAAUAAAUUAAUCUCAGUGGAAGGUAUCGUUACAAGAACUUCAUUAGUAAGACCAAAAUUAAUUAGAUCAGUACAUUACGCAGAACAAACCGGUAGAUUCCAUUAUAGAGAUUACACAGAUGCCACCACAACAUUAACCACUAGAAUCCCUACCCCAGCUGUAUAUCCAACUGAAGACCCCGAUGGGAAUAAAUUAACUACUGAAUAUGGUUAUUCCACAUUCGUAGAUCAUCAACGUAUAACUGUCCAAGAAAUGCCAGAAAUGGCUCCAGCAGGCCAAUUACCAAGAUCUAUUGAUGUCAUCUUGGAUGAUGAUUUGGUAGAUAAAACGAAACCUGGUGAUAGAAUUAAUAUCAUUGGUGUUUUCAAAUCAAUGGGUGCAGGGGGUAUGAACUCAAAUAAUAAAUCAGCAGGUUCACUUGGUGGAUUUAGAACUUUAAUCAUUGGGAAUACAGUUUAUCCAUUACAUGCAAGAUCUACUGGUGUUUCUGCAAGACAAAAUUUAUCGGAUUUCGAUAUUAGAAAUAUUAAUAAAUUAUCGAAAAGGAAAGAUAUUUUUGAUCUUUUGGCUCAAUCUUUGGCUCCUUCCAUUUAUGGUCAUGAUCAUAUUAAGAGAGCAAUCUUAUUGAUGUUAAUGGGGGGUGUUGAAAAAAAUUUACCAAACGGAUCGCAUUUAAGAGGUGAUAUUAAUAUUUUAAUGGUGGGUGAUCCAUCUACUGCUAAAUCUCAACUUUUAAGAUUCGUAUUAAAUACAGCUUCUUUGGCUAUUGCCACAACUGGUAGAGGUUCUUCAGGUGUUGGUUUGACCGCUGCAGUGACAACAGAUAAAGAAACUGGUGAAAGAAGAUUAGAAGCAGGUGCUAUGGUUUUAGCCGAUCGUGGUGUGGUUUGUAUUGAUGAAUUUGAUAAGAUGACAGAUGUAGAUAGAGUUGCAAUCCAUGAAGUUAUGGAACAACAAACCGUUACCAUUGCUAAAGCUGGUAUACAUACAACUUUAAACGCUCGUUGUAGUGUCAUUGCCGCGGCUAAUCCUGUUUUCGGCCAAUAUGAUGUCAAUAGAGAUCCUCAUCAUAAUAUUGCAUUACCAGAUUCUUUAUUAUCACGUUUCGAUUUGUUAUUCGUUGUCACUGAUGAUAUUAAUGAAAUUAGAGAUAGAUCCAUUAGUGAACACGUUUUAAGAACUCAUAGAUAUUUACCACCAGGUUACCUUGAAGGUGAACCAAUUAGAGAAAGAUUAAAUUUAUCGUUAGCUGUUGGUGUCGAUGAUGCUAAUGAAGAUGAAAAUGAAGAUGUUGAUGGUGAAGGUGAUGAAGAAGAUCGUAUCUUUGAAAAAUUUAAUCCAUUAUUACAAGCAGGUGCAAAAUUAGCUACGAAUAAAGGUAAUCAUAACGGUACCAAGAUUCCAAAAUUAGUUACAAUCCCAUUUGUUAGAAAAUAUAUUCAAUAUGCUAAAGAGAGAGUGGUCCCACAGUUAACACAGAAGGCUAUUGAUAUUAUUGUUAAAAAUUAUGCAGAUUUAAGAAAUGAUGAAAACAUUAAGAAGUCUCCAAUUACAGCAAGAACAUUAGAAACUUUAAUUAGAUUGGCUACUGCACACGCCAAAGUCAGAUUAUCCAAAACUGUUGAUAAACGAGAUGCCAUGAUUGCGGCUGGUCUGUUAAGAUUUGCACUUUUGGGUGAAGAAGUUGGAGAUGAAUUUUAUGAAAGUGAUCAAGAAGAAUCAUUGUUAAAUAGAUCUCCAAAGAGAUCUCCUAAAAAAAGACAAAGAAUAACGCGUCGUAGUACUGAAGAUAACGAUAACGCAAAUGCCACAUAUUCUCCCUUAAGAGCAACGAGGUUAACGACUGCAUCAGCUGCGUCAUCUGUAAAGGCAAGCCCCGCCCGUCGUAAACUUCAACUCUCAGAUGAAGAUGAAGCUGAAGAAGCAUAUGAAGAUGAGGAAGAAUCUGAUGACAAUAUGACAAAACUACCUGAAGAGGAAGAGGAAGACUUGAGGAAAAGAUUGGAGUUAGGUUUAAGAGUCUCUCCAAGACGUCGCGAACAACUAAUACAAGGUGGACCAUUGACUGAUGCUCCAAAGAUGACCAACGUCUCAUCAUUGAGUACAGACGAAAAAGAAAAGGAAGAAGAACAAGAAGAACAAGAGCAAGAAAUAAGUUCUUUCGCCAAUGUUAAAAUGGGAUCAAUAUCAACUGGUAGAGUGUCGUUGAUCUCUGGUAUCAUUGCUGGAAUUAUGCAAACUGAAGUCUUUGACGAUGAGUGUUAUCCUGUUACUGACCUUUAUGAAAGAAUCAAUGAACAACUGCCAGAGGAAGAAAAAUUCUCUAUACCCGAAUAUUUGGCUGGUUUGAAAAUUAUGGCUGAUAGGAAUAAUUUAAUGAUUGCUGAUGAGAAAGUCUGGAGAGUGUAG